UGCACCUAAAGAAACAAAAGGAUAAGAAAAGAAGAAGAAGAAGAAAGAAUAGAAAAGAAACAUUCCACCUUCCACGGUGCUAGUAGUUUCUCAAGGCCGGUGUUGAAGAUACAAGUAGAAAGCCUCGACACUAAAGAAACCUUUUGGAUAUCAUAAAUCUAGCUUAAGCUAAAACAUGGCGGCCACUUUCUCUCAGCUUGACCAAGACACAACAAGCAAGAGUUCUUCAAGCAACACCAGGUCUCCAAGAACAAGAAGCCCUGCUCCAUUUUUAUCCAAGACUUACGACUUGCUAGAAGAAGGUGGGGCUCAUGAUAGCGUUGAUGAUCAUCCUCAUGGCAAGAGAGUUGUUUCUUGGAAUGCAGAGGGAAAUGGGUUUGUAGUGUGGUCUCCAGCUGAGUUCUCAGAGCUCACUUUGCCUAGAUACUUCAAGCACAGCAACUUCUCUAGCUUCAUCCGUCAGCUUAACACUUAUGGAUUCAAGAAAACAUCAUCGAAGCAAUGGGAAUUCAAGCAUGAAAAGUUUCAGAAAGGGAGGAGGCACAUGCUAGUCGAGAUCAUUCGAAAAAAAUGUGAGCCUAGUAUGUUUCCAGCAUAUUUAAAGGCUUCUUCUAAUCAAGAGAAUGCAAUAAUUGACAUGGAAGAAACUAAUUGUUUGACGCUCAUGGCGGAGAACAAGAACCUUCGAAGAGAGAAACUUGAACUGCAAAUCCAAAUAGCACAAUUCAAGGCUCUAGAAACUAAGUUAUUGGACUGUCUUAAUCAAUACAAUAUGGGAAACCACCAGAACAAAACCAGGAGGCUAUGUUAAGUUCUGAUGAAAUUACAAAAAACUUGGCAAAGUCCUAGGAGUGCUCUCUCAGCAGGUCUCCUUCCCCAGUAUAUUGCUUAGUGUUUAGUUUCACUUUUCCCUAAAUAUUUGUAAUAUUGUCUUGAUGUGUGAGAGAGAGAGAGAGAGAUGCUUGUAGUUUUAGUUUUUGAAGUAGAUUUAUGUUUUUGUCUAGUUCUCUCUA